CAGGUUCUCCAUCGCCAAGAAAAACGCGAUCACGUGACCAAUGAGGCCGCGGGCGCGUUCUAAUUCUAGAAUCAGAACCUACGGACACACUUACAUGUAGGGGUGUGAAAGAGCGCGCGGCGAUAGAAAGUGCAGACUAAAGUUUUCAGUGAAGCCGAACGUUGCAGACGUUUUUCCAUAACUCACGUGCAGAAAUAUCUAAGCAUAAAAAGAGAGAGGAGAGAAAAGGGCUCCUGAGGAGAUCCAGGAUGGAAUGGAAUGAGCAGACUGUGCAGACAAGUACAGAGGACAGUGUAGCAAAGGAGAAGGAGGAAUGUAAGACAGCGGGAGACAUGGGAGAACCAAAGGAAGUGGAAGUCAGCUACGAGUUGGUGGAGGAGGAAGUGCAGUCGGGUUCAGAGGGAGAGCAGCAGCAGGUGCAGAGUGUGCAGACAAGUACAGAGGACAGUGUACCAAAGGAGGAAUGUAAGACAGCAGGAGAAAUGGGAGAACCAAAGGAAGUGGAAGUCAGCUACGAGUCGGUGGAGGAGGAAGUGCAGUCGGGUUCAGAGGGAGAGCAGGUGCAGAGUGUGCAGACAAGUACAGAGGACAGUGUACCGAAGGAGGAAUGUAAGACAGUGGGAGAAAUGGGAGAACCAAAGGAAGUGGAAGUCAGCUACGAGUCAGUGGAGGAGGAAGUGCAGUCGGGUUCAGAGGGAGAGCAGCAGCAGGUGCAGAGUGUGCAGACACAUACAGAGGACAGUGUGCCAAAGGAGAAGGAGGAAUGUAAGACAGUGGGAGACAUGGGAGAACCAAAGGAAGUGGAAGUCAGCUACGAGUCGUUGAUGGAGGAAGUGCAGUCGGGUUCAGUGGGAGAGCAGCAGCAGGUGCAGUGUGUGCAGACAAGUACAGAGGGCAGUGUUCCAAAGGAGAUGGAGGAAUGUAAGACAGUGGGGGACAUGGGAGAACCAAAGGAAGUGGAAAUCAGCUACGAGUCGUUGAUGGAGGAAGUGCAGUCGGGUUCAGUGGGAGAGCAGCAGCAGGUGCAGAGUGUGCAAACAAGUACAGAGGACAGUGUACCAAAGGAGAUGGAGGAAUGUAAGACGGUGGGAGAAAUGGGAGAACCAAAGGAAGUGGAAAUCAGCUACGAGUCGGUGGAGGAGGAAGUGCAUUCGGGUUCAGAGGGAGAGCAGGUGCAGAGUGUGCAGACAAGUACAGAGUACAGUGUUCCAAAUGAGAAGGAGGAAUGUAAGACAGUGGGAGAAAUGGGAGAACCAAAGGAAGUGGAAAUCAGCUACGAGUCGGUGGAGGAGGAAGUGCAGUCGGGUUCAGAGGGAGAGCAGCAGCAGGUGCAGAGUGUGCAAACAAGUACAGAGGACAGUGUAACAAAGGAGAAGGAGGAAUGUAAGACAGUGGGAGAAAUGGGAGAACCAAAGGAAGUGGAAGUCAGCUACGAGUCAUUGAUGGAGGACGUGCAGUCGGGUUCAGAGGGAGAGCAGGUGCAGAGUAUGCAGACAAGUACAGAGGACAGCAUACCAAAGGAGAUGGAGGAAUGUAAGACAGUGGGGUACAUGGGAGAACCAAAGGAAGUGGAAAUCAGCUACGAGUCGGUGGAGGAGGAAGUGCAGUCGGGUUCAGAGGGAGAGCAGCAGCAGGUGCAGAGUGUGCAGACAUGUACAGAGGACAGUGUACCAAAGGACAGGGAGGAAUGUAAGACAGUGGGAGACAUGGGAGAACCAAAGGAAGUGGAAGUCAGCUACGAGUCGUUGAUGGAGGAAGUGCAGUCGGGUUCAGAGGGAGAGCAGGUGCAGAGUGUGCAGACAAGUACAGAGGACAGUGUACCGAAGGAGGAAUGUAAGACAGUGGGAGAAAUGGGAGAACCAAAGGAAGUGGAAGUCAGCUACGAGUCAUUGAUGGAGGACGUGCAGUUGGGUUCAGAGGGAGAGCAGGUGCAGUGUGUGCAGACAAGUACAGAGGACAGCAUACCAAAGGAGAUGGAGGAAUGUAAGACAGUGAGGGACAUGGGAGAACCAAAGAAAGUGGAAAUCAGCUACGAGUCGGUGGAGGAGGAAGUGCAGUCGGGUUCAGUGGGAGAGCAGCAGCAGGUGCAGAGUGUGCAGACAAGUACAGAGGACAGUGUACCAAAGGAGAGGGAGGAAUGUAAGACAGUGGGAGGCAUGGGAGAACCAAAGAAAGUGGAAGUGAGUCGGUGGUGGAGGUGGUGGAGGAAGUCAGUGGGUAGUGGUAGUGGUGGGGGAGGAAGUCAGUCGGUGGUGGAGUCGGUGGUGGAGUCGGUGGUGGAGGAAGUGCAGUCAGGUACAGAGGGAGAGCACCAGCGGACCGAGCCGGAGGACGAGGGGAACGAAUGCACUAAACCGGACAGAGAAAAAGCAGAGAUUGAGGAGAAGCUGCUGGAGAAAGACAGCAUGCUGAAAAAACUGCAAGAGGAAAAGGAAGAGAUGGCCAAAAAGAUAAGAGAGCUUGAGAAGAACAGAGAGAAACUCGAGGAGAUCAUAUGGAAGAAAGAUCAUAGAGCUGCAGCAGAUUUUCAGAAGGAACGGGAGGGGAAAGAUAGCGCUCAUCUGACGCUCUUGGAGGAUUUAAUGAGGAGGGUUAUGAAUCUGGAAAAAGCCAAAGCCCAGAGAAGUGAGGAGAGAGAGAGAGAGAGAACAGACAAUACCGACAAGUCUGUGGUGAAGGAGGGGCAUACGGAAGCCGGGUUUACUAGAAUCAGAGAGCAGCAGGAUAGAGAGGAGGCCGAGCUGGAGAAGGUGAGGAAGAAACGUGUUGAAAUAGAGAGAGAAAAACAAGAGAUGGUGGCCUACUGGAGAGAGCAGCACAGGACGUGGUCUUGGCAUCCGCAAGAGAAAAACGCCACAAUGAAAAGAACGCAAAAGAGAAAGAAAAAGAUAGUCAAGAAGAUACAACUGCUUGAGGAGAUAAGCGAGAGACAACAUCUCAAGCAGAUGGACUUGAUGAAUCUGCUAGAAGAAACGGAGAAAGAGUUUAAGAAGGAGCUGGAGGAGAAAGAAAGAGCUCAACUUGCUGUCACUGAGCAGUUACUGGCCAAGAUAGAGUAUCUGAAUCAAAGCCAGGCUCAGAUAGAAGAGGAGAGAGAGCAGCUCCAGACAGAGCUGCAGCUGAGAGAGAUAGAGGCUAGAGAAGCUGGGAUGGAAAGUCUGCCUGAUGUUAAGAUGGGUGCAGAAAUGCAGACUGAAGAAGUGCAGGAGGACCAAGACAGCCCGAAGAUGCAAGAGGCGGACGACAGGAACGUUGAGCUUCUGCAAUACAUCAGUCAGCUUCAGGCUUACAACGCGCACUUUGCAGAACGAGUACAGAUAGCAGAGGUGAGGAGAGAUAUCUUGGAGAAAGAUCAAGAGAGCUGGAAGAGAGAGAGAGAGAACUGGAAGAAAGAGAGAGCAUGCUGGGAGGAAGCAUCAGAAAGAUGGAAGGAAGAGAGAAGCACCUUAAUGAAAGAGAAUGAUGGCUUAAAGAAAGAGAGGGUGACCUGGGAGACAGAGAGAGAGAUGUGGGAGAGAGAGAAAAUAAUCUGGGAGAAAUUGACAGGGAACACAGAGAAAGAGCGUGGGAGCAAAAAGAGGAAAAAGGUCACGGGGAACCUGGAGCCUAUCCCAGGGAGCAUCGGGCACAAGGCGGAGUACACCCUGGACAGGGUGCCAGAGAAAGAAAUAUCAUGUAGUAUAAAUAAAAGAUCAUUUUCUCCUUGUUUAAUUAUAAAGUUUUAAUAAAG